UAGCCGAGAAUCACAGCAGCGGUGGCCGAGCUGCGAAGGAUAAUACGAGAUUGGGAACUAACGCUACACUUUCCGGCUGACUUUAUGAAAAAGUCCCCAUCGAUUUUGGAGCCUUUAUUUUUAUGUGAACUUUAUAAAGGAUGUAUUUCUACUAAAACUGCAACUUGAAACGCUGGAAACUUUUCCACCGAAAUGGAAGGGAAUAUUCCAUGGAUUAUUUUGUCUUUUUUAUUGUUUAUGCAUAUUUGCGACGGGUUCCGUUGCGUGGAUAAAUUCAGACCUUGUGAAAAUGGAGGGACAUGCUUAGAUUCUCCCUCACGAUGCAUAUGUCGUCCGGGAUUCAUUGGUCCUCUGUGUCAACAACUGGAUCCCUGUCAUCGAUCGCCAUGUCUGAACGGAGCUGCUUGCAAGAGCCAGGUGGUCAAUGGUAUCCCACAAUACACCUGUGUGUGCCAAAGAGGGUUCAGAGGCAAAGACUGCUCCCUCAUUGACGCCUGUGCCACAAGUCCCUGUGCCAAUGGAGCCCGUUGUGCCAAUUGGAAUAAUCACUACAACUGUUCCUGCCCACCUGGCUUCCAAGGAAAGAACUGCCGCAAUGACAUUGACGAGUGCCGCAAGACUGGCGUGUGCCUCAAUGGUGGCCUCUGCAUUAACAUCCAUGGGUCCUUCCGCUGCCAGUGCCAACCUGGAUACAGUGGGCGCACAUGUGAGGUCUCCACUCUUCCCUGUGCCCCAUCUCAGUGCCUUAAUGGGGGCACCUGUCGACAGACCAGCGACCAUUCCUAUGAGUGCGCUUGCCUACCAGGGUUUGAGGGACACAACUGUGAGAAUAACGUGGAUGACUGUCCAGGACACAAGUGUAUGAAUGGAGGAAUAUGUGUGGACGGAGUCAACACCUACAAUUGCCAGUGCCCACCAGAAUGGACAGGGCAAUACUGUGCUGAGGAUGUCAACGAGUGUCUCAUGCAACCCAAUGCCUGCCAUAAUGGGGGUACUUGCUUCAACACCAUCGGUGGUCAUACCUGUGUCUGCGUUAAUGGUUGGACUGGAGAUGACUGCAGUGAGAAUAUCGAUGACUGCGCCAUAGCCGUUUGCUUCAAUGGUGCCACUUGCCAUGACCGUGUAGCAUCCUUCUUCUGCGAGUGCCCAGUUGGAAAGACAGGCUUGCUGUGCCACCUUGAUGAUGCAUGUGUGAGUAACCCCUGCAACGAAGGGGCAGUGUGCGACACCAACCCCCUUAACGGCCGCGCCAUUUGCACCUGUCCUGCCGGCUUUGUAGGAGGUGCCUGCAACCAGGACAUGGAUGAGUGUUCGAUUGGUGCCAACCCAUGUGAGCAUUUUGGGAAAUGUGUAAACACCGAGGGCUCCUUCCAGUGUCAGUGUGGUCGGGGAUAUGCCGGCCCACGAUGUGAGGUUGACAUCAACGAAUGCCUGUCCAUGCCCUGCCAGAAUGACGCCACUUGUCUGGACCGCAUUGGAGAGUUCACCUGCAUCUGCAUGCCAGGUUACAUGGGAACUUACUGUGAGAUUGACGUAGAUGACUGUGAGAGCAACCCAUGUGUGAAUGAUGGCAUCUGUCGGGACAUGGUCAAUGGCUUCACAUGCACCUGCCAGCCAGGGUUUACUGGCACCAUGUGUCAGAUCGACAUAGAUGAGUGCGCCAGCACGCCUUGCCAGAAUGGAGCGAAAUGCUACGACCGGCCCAAUGGGUUCGAGUGCCGCUGUGCUGAAGGUUAUGAAGGGAAACUCUGCGAGAGUAACAUCAACAACUGUCAGCCCGACCCAUGCCACCAUGGUACUUGCAUAGAUGGUAUUGCCAGCUACACCUGUAACUGUGACGCUGGCUACACGGGCUAUCGCUGUGAGAACCAGCUUAAUGAGUGCCACAGCAACCCGUGUCAGAAUGGGGGCAAGUGUGUGGAUCUGGUCAACAAGUACAUCUGCCAAUGUCAACAUGGGACCUCAGGCACAAACUGUGAAAUAAACUUUGAUGAUUGUGCCAGUAACCCAUGUGACUAUGGCAUCUGCAAAGAUGGCAUCAACCGCUAUGACUGUGUAUGCAAACCUGGCUUCACUGGCUCCAAGUGUAAUGUGCAGAUAGACGAGUGUGCAUCCAGCCCCUGUAGAAAUGGUGGUACAUGUGUGGAUGAAGAGAAUGGAUUUCACUGCCAGUGUCCUGAGGGCUUUAAGCCCCCUUACUGUUACUCCCAGGUGGACGAGUGUGGCAGCAGCCCAUGUGUCCAUGGCUCAUGCAGGGAUGACAUCAACGGGUACCGAUGUGACUGUGAGCCCGGAUGGGUCGGGAAGAACUGUGAUCUAGACAGGAACGACUGUUUACCGAGUCCCUGCCAGAAUGCUGGAACGUGCAUCGACCAGCUCAAUGGCUUCACCUGCAAGUGUCGCCAAGGCUUCAGAGGUAACCUCUGCCAGGUGAACAUCAACGAAUGUGCAUCCAGUCCCUGUCUGAAUAAGGGCACUUGUGUGGACGGUGUGGCAAGCUUCACCUGUCUGUGUGAGCUUCCUUACAAUGGACCCACUUGUGCUGAGGUCCUCACCCCUUGCUCCCCUAACCCCUGUGCCAAUCAUGCCCUCUGCACAAACACACCAGACUACUUGGGCUAUCAAUGUAACUGCCAGUCAGGUUGGCAAGGUCAGUUGUGUAACAUGGAUGUAAAUGAGUGCGUCUCAAACCCGUGCAAGAACCGUGGGACCUGCACUAACACACUUGGAGGCUUUGUGUGCUCAUGCAGAGCUGGAUUUACUGGGCUGACGUGUGAAUCAGACAUCAACGACUGUUCUCCUAAUCCUUGCCUAAGUGGAGGUUCCUGCACAGAUGGUGUGAACUCCUUCCACUGUAGCUGCCUGGCAGGCUUCACUGGGCCCCGCUGUGCUUUAGAGAUCAAUGAAUGCCAGAGUUCCCCCUGCAAAAAUGGAGGCACAUGCACAGACUAUGUUAACUCCUACACCUGCACCUGUAGGCUUGGCUUUACUGGCAUCCACUGUGAAACUAACAUCCCCGAUUGCACUGAAAGCUCUUGUUUUAAUGGAGGGACGUGCACAGAUAAAAUCAAUGGCUAUUCCUGUACCUGCCGCUCGGGCUUCACUGGGUCCCACUGCCAAUAUGAGGUCAACGAGUGUGACUCCCAGCCCUGUCUCAACGGAGGCAUCUGUCAAGAUGCCCUGGAGUCCUUCCGUUGCUCCUGCCCCAAGGGCUACACCGGCACCCGCUGCCAGACACCAGUUGACUGGUGCAGACGCUCAUCUCCCUGCCAAAAUGGAGGACGCUGUCGCCAAAAGGAUGCUUCCUUCAUCUGUGACUGUAAUAACGGCUGGUCUGGACGUUACUGUGACAUCUCCAGGGUCUCUUGUGAGACAGCCGCACGCCAUAGAGGGCUCCAGACAGAUGAGCUGUGCCACCAUGGCGGUCACUGUGUCAACACUGGGAAUUCACUAUUGCAUUCCCACUUAUGUAAAUGCCCUGCUGAUUACACUGGAAGCUAUUGCGAAAGCCAGGUGGACCACUGCGAAGACAAACCCUGCCACAAUGGCGCCACCUGCAGGGGAUAUGUGGGAGGGUACCAGUGUGACUGUAUGCCAGGAUUUACUGGACAGAACUGCGAGAUAGAGAUCAAUGAGUGCCAGUCUCAUCCUUGCCAGAACGGAGGCACUUGCAUUGAUCUGGUGGGGCAUUACAUCUGCUCCUGCCCGCCUGGCACACUCGGUGUUCUCUGUGAGAUCAAUGAAGAUGACUGUGCUCCACCUCUGAGGUUGCGCAGUGCUCCUCCUAAGUGCCUGAACAAUGGCACCUGUGUGGACAGAGUGGGUGGAUACCGCUGCAAUUGUCCCCCUGGAUUCACAGGAGAAAGAUGUGAGGGAGACAUCAAUGAGUGUCUCUCUAACCCCUGCAGUUCCUCUAACAGUCUUGACUGCAUCCAGUUGCCCAAUGACUACCUAUGUGUCUGCAAGCCUGGCUUCACAGGCCGGAAGUGUCAGAGCAGGUUCAGUGUGUGUGAAUCUCAACCUUGUCAGAGCGGAGGAGUCUGUUCUGUAUCUAGCAGCUCUGCACUGGGAUACACCUGCACGUGUCAGCUUGGUUAUGCUGGGCCUAAUUGUGAAAGAAGCAUGUCCUGUCGGGAGCUGCCCUGCUACAAUGGAGGUAGCUGUGCACUCACCAUGAGGGGGGCGCGUUGCACCUGCCGUCCAGGUUAUGGUGGGCCCCAGUGCCAGCAUCGCAGUAAUGAAGGCUGUUCUUCCCAGCCUUGCCGGAAUGGAGGGUUGUGCACUGAAGAGACAAGCUUCCCGUACUUCCACUGCCAGUGUCCCAAUGGCUGGACAGGUAAACGGUGCGAGCAGAGCAACACACCCCUUGAUCCUCCAACACCCUUAUGCCCUCUAGCAGACUGUCAUGCCAAAGCCAAUGAUAGUGUUUGUGACAAGGAAUGCAACACAUUCUUUUGUCACUGGGACGGCGGCGACUGUUCUCUAGCAGUGAACCCCUGGGCUCAAUGUGAGCAAUGCUGGCAUGUCUUCAACAACAGCCAGUGUGAUGAGUCCUGCAACAACGCCAAGUGUCUGUAUGACAACUUUGACUGCAUGAACAAUGAGAAAGUUUGCAAUCCAGUAUAUGAAGCCUACUGUAUAGACCACUAUGCUAAUGGAGAGUGUGACCCGGGCUGCAACACAGUGGAGUGUGGCUGGGAUGGCUUGGACUGCGCAAAGAAGGUUCCAGAAGUCCUUGCUGAUGGUGUCUUGGUCUUGGUAGUCCUACUGCCUCCAGAGGAGCUUCUCCGCACUAGCACAGCAUUUCUGCAGAAAUUAAGUGCUAUCCUACACACGUCACUGCGCUUCCGACUGGACCCUAAUGGAGAAGCCAUGAUCCGCCCCUACACUCGCCGAGAGGCACGCCGAGAGACACGCCUCAAGCGGGAGCUGCAGCCUCAACAGGAGGUCAUCGGCUCCUUAGUGUACCUGGAGAUAGACAACCGUCUGUGCUCUCAGGGCUCUGAGGGCUGUUUCCCUACAGCUGAAAGUGCUGCAGACUACCUGGGUGCCCUCUCAGCUGUAGAAAGGCUCCGCUUCCCUUACCCCCUCAAAGAAGCCCGUGGUGAAAGACUGCGUCCUGACAUUGACCCAAUACCUCCAUGGGGCAAGCUGAUGCUGGUCGGGAUAGCUUCUCUUUUCCUUUUGGUCAUCCUUGUGAUAGGCAUGUUGAUUGCUCGUCGAAAGAGAGAACACAGUACCCUUUGGUUCCCUGAAGGUUUCUUCUUAAAGAAGGAACCCAGCAGCAACAAGAACCGCAGGGAACCCGUGGGCCAAGAUGCUCUGGGAAUGAAACACAUGGCAAAAACUGUGGAGGAAUCUCUUCUUGGGGAUCACAGUGACCAGUGGAUGGACUCAGACUGUCCAGAGGCAAAAAGGCUUAAGGUUGAGGAGCCAAGUAUGCUCUCAGACAGUGAAGAUGCAGUAGACUGCAGGCAGUGGACACAGCAUCACCUUGCAGCCGCAGACAUUCGCGUGCCUCCCACCAUGGCCCUCACCCCUCCUCAAGGAGAGUUUGAAAGCGACUGUAUGGAUGUUAAUGUCCGAGGCCCAGAUGGUUUUACGCCUCUGAUGCUGGCUUCAUUCUGUGGAGGUGGCUUAGAGCCCGAGAUAGCCGAGGAAGAGGAGAGUGAGGAGUGUUCAGCCAACAUCAUCUCUGACCUAAUCUACCAGGGAGCAUCCCUAGCUGCCCAAACAGACCGCACUGGUGAGACAGCGCUCCACCUGGCUGCUCGCUACGCCCGUGCUGAUGCUGCUAAGAGGCUGCUGGAUGCCGGGGCAGAUGCCAACGCUCAAGAUAACACAGGACGCUCACCGCUACAUGCUGCAGUGGCUGCAGAUGCACAGGGUGUCUUCCAGAUUCUGAUCCGAAAUCGGGCUACAGAUCUUGACUCCCGAAUGUAUGAUGGCUCCACUGCGCUGAUCCUGGCAGCACGGCUGGCAGUAGAGGGCAUGGUAGAGGAACUCAUCACUUGUCAUGCUGAUGUCAAUGCAGUUGAUGAAUUGGGUAAAUCCGCCUUGCACUGGGCUGCAGCCGUUAACAAUGUGGAAGCCACUGUUGCCCUGCUAAAGAAUAGUGCAAACAAAGACAUGCAAGAUCUCAAGGAGGAGACUCCUCUGUUCCUUGCAGCUCGUGAGGGCAGCUGCGAGGCUGUGAAGGUGCUGCUUGCUCACUUUGCAAACAGAGAGAUCACGGACCAUAUGGACAGGUUGCCAAGGGACAUUGCUCAGGAGCGUAUGCACCACGACAUUGUGCAGCUUCUUGAUGAGUACAACACAGUAAGGAGUCCCCAGGGCCAUGGAGGGAUUGGACACCACCUCUCUGGGGUACACACUCUGUCUCCUCUCAUGUGCCCUCCCAGCGCCUUCAUGCCUAGUCUGAAGAACACCCCACAGGGCAAGAAGAACCGUCGGCCUGGGGCCAAGGGUUCUAGCCUGGGAGGCCAACAUGCUGCCAGUCUGAAGGAGUCAGUCAAGGCCCGUAAUAAGAAGCUGACCUUGGACAUGCAGAGUGCCUUACUGGAGAGCUCAGUUACCCUGUCCCCAGUCGACUCACUGGACUCACCCCACGGGGGAGCUAGCAAUGCUGGCUACAUAACCAACCCCACUUCCCCUGUUGCCAUGCAGUCACCAGGGCUCUUCCACUCCUCCAUGUCUGUCCCAAACACCCCAAUGAUACAUAGUGGUAUGUUGGAGGGAGGUGGCCCCUUUGCUGUGUCUCUAGCCCAACUCAAUGACCUGGGAGCUGGAGGAAUGUCCUUGCAGGGACGCGUCUCCAUGGCUUCAGAUGUCAACCAUGGCUAUGUGCUGAGUUCAGGCCAGAUGGGGCUCAACAUGGGCUUGGUCAGUCCUGUCAGUGUGCCCUUUGACUGGCACAGCCGGAUGACCUCCUCUCAGUGUGGUCAGCAGGUGGUGAAUCUUGUGCAGAGCAGCCAGGCAAGCAUGCACCCCCAGAGCCCAGCCAUGCAGCAGCAGAACAUGCUGAUGCACCAACAGCAGCUCUACCGUAAUGCCAUGCUGCAGCCCACACCUGUUACUUCCACACCAACUAUCAGCCCUGUCAAGCUGCCCUCCAUUGCUGAGCAGCAGCAGCAGCAGCAGCAGCAGCAGCAGCAGCAACAGCAGCAGCAGCAGCAGCAGCAGCAGCAGCAGCAGCAGCAACAGCAGCAGCAGCUCAUCAACCACACUAUCAGCAACCAGCAGAGCAUGGCCCGCAUGGGCACCUCCACACCACCGACACCCCAGACCUCUCAGCCCCCACCAUCCUUCUUCCAGCAGCAGAUGCCUCAGCAACCCUCUCAGCCCCAGCCUCCUGCUCAGCCCCCACAAGCAGCGACACCAGCAGCUCAGCCCUCUCAGGCUCUGCCCUCCCAGCCUAGCGGCAGCAUUGCAGGUACGGAGGAUUACCCUACCCCUCCCUCUCAACACAGCUACUCAUCCGCACUAGAUGCCACGCCCAAGCAUUACCUCCAUUUGCCCAGUGAGCACCCCUACCUGACCCCCUCCCCAGAGUCUCCCGAGCCCUGGUCCAGCCCCUCUCCUCACUGUGUCUCCGAUUGGUCAGAUUCCACACCAAGCCCAGCAGUUGCUGGCCCUGCCCAGACCCAAAUUACUCAAAUCCCAGAGGCCAAUGGCAAGAUGCAGGUCUUUGCGUAAGGAUCUCAUGGCCCCUGCUUGAAAAGGGACAUGGGGUAAAAGAAUUUGUGGACUGGCUCUUAGGCCUGUCUGUUUAUAUGUGUCAGCCUGUUUCCAAGAUUUUCAUUGGAUUUGGAUUGACUAUGAUUAUCACAAGGACCGUCUGCUAGUGAUUUUUGCAGAGAAAAAAGUAAAGGGAAAUGUGUGUUGUCUGAAAAACAGCAGACAAUUUAAUGAAGUAAUUCUGUCACAGAUGGACUUGUUUUUUAUUAUAAAAAAAGUAUAUGAAGAAAACCAAGUCUUUCAUUUCAAAGGCUUAGGGGUGCUCUCCUGGAAACUAACAAACGUUUAAAAAGUAGAUAUGAGAAAAAAGUAAAAUGUUGAAGGGAAUUCAUUUAUUUUUAUUUAUUGUUUUUAUCUCUCUGAAUUGCUUUUUUAGGUGUUUGACCCUCUUUCUGUCCUAGCUUCUCACAUAAUGUGCCACCCCCUACUAUUUUAUACUGACCGCCUACAUUUCUAUUUAGCCAGUGUUGGCAAGUGAUGGUAAAAUAAUAUAAUUCAUCAUUCAGACCAGUUAACAGACAGAAAGAGGACUUUUCACCUCUCUUGACUGAUAUUUAUUUAGGCCAACGACAACUGGUAAAUAUGAGAAACUGGUUCUAGCAGAUAUAUAUUAAGAGUUGCUCAGCAGUAGUGAUAUGUUCUGAUUUGAUUGAAUUGUGGUAAUUGAUUACUUUCCGUAUGAGUAUUAUGAAUAAGAAUGUAGAUGAGUGUCUCUGAAGCACUUCAAGUGACCAGCCUCAAAGGGCAAGUAUGGGUCAAAUACAACAUUUAACUGCAAUGGAUAUUUAUAAUAUAUGGGUGGCAUUUAAUACGUGGUCAUUUUCUUUAUGAGCUUUCAAAAGAAAUCAGCAGAGGUUUAGGUGUAAUGCUCCCGUUUCAACUGUAGUUUCCCAUGACCUCUACGGGACUCUUACUUCUAGUUCUACUGUCAGCCCUGAACCCUUAUUGUUUUGCUUCUAAAAUCAGCCUUUCACUGCCCUUAAGUUUCUGGUUUAUUUUUGUUACAUUUGUUUUAUACUCUGUUUAUUUGUGAAAACCAUGGAUACCUUUUUUGUUUUAACAUCACUUUGGAUGUACUAAGCUAUGCUUAUCAGCUGCUAUUUUCUUUUCCCUGCAAGCAUUCCACCAUUUUGCCAUCUUGUUGAGUCUGGAUGGUGUGCCUUUCAGCAGCAUCCAACACAGAGUAGAACCAGACGACAGAAAGGAAUAAGUUCAAUGUGUCCAGCCCACAUCCUGUCCUUUUUUUUUACUGGACUAAAUGGAAACAUUCCUGGACCAUCCGUGGCAUUUGAGGUCUCGUUGACACUCUCACCUCGGCUCUGGUAGUGUUUGUGGUGGAGUAGUGGUCAUUGUGAGGGUGUGGCUGCUGGGCUGUGACUGCUUAUGCCCUGUCACUCCUCAGGGAGGUGUUUUAUGGCAUGCAGUGGGACAGUUCCCCUGCAUCUACAGUAGCUCCCAGUCCAGGGGCAGUGGAGAUGCAUCUUAAGACGAUCGUUAGAAGAGACUGAAGGAAAGAACACUACUAUGUAGUGCUGCACCCUUAAACUUUUGACAGAACUCUUGAGAUGAUCCUCCCAGUUAUCCAGCUGACACCUUGUGUUACGUCUGACCAACUCUUUACCCCCACAUGACCUGAGCGUUAAGGAUAGAGGUCAUCCUGUGGACAUUUCAGCAUAAAGUCAAUUGAUAAUAGUAGCAUUUUGAGAAAGUAACCAUUGCAUUUUCAUCUUGUGACAUCAUAAACAGAAAUUAGUAGGCCACCACUCAUAGCUACUACUUCUGUGGUGACCUAACACUGCCCGUAGUCGUGUCAUAGAGUUUAUCUUUGAUUCAUUGUUUUAUCCUGUUCAAUAUAGACCUGGGAAACAUGUUGUUGUUCACAGUCCAGUUCACGUUUUACUUACGAAAAAUUGUUUUGUUUGUUUUUUUUAUUUUUAUAUAUAACUGGUCUUUCAAUUUUGCCACCAGGUCGCACUAAGUGUUUUGUACAUUUCAACCUCCCAACUUCUGUUUGUAAAUAUGUUUGUUCUGGGUAGUUCUUGUGUUUCUGAAAUGAUUGUUAUGUACUAAAAAAGGACAAAAAUAAAAUGUUCUUCAUUUAGCAUUAUUUGAAGCUGAGGCUGUGACUGAUAUUUUAUUGGUCUUGUGUUAUUAGAACAGUCAUAGAUAUUUUCUAUCAUUAUUAAUUUCUAUACUUGUUUAAAAGUAGUUCAAAAUCAUUGUACAUAAAACCUUUCCACGGUUUUCUUUCUACAGUCAAAAGUUGUAAAGUUACUUAUAAUAAAAACUGUAGGGAACUACAA